ACAACUUCCAGCGACCCGUCGGAACCAAUCCCGACCCGGGAGGCGAAGCUAACUCCCUACCUGGACCCAGGUGCACCCCGCUCGGCAUCGCUCGGCUGCUCCGCGUAUAAAAUGGAGGGAGCCCGGGCGGCGUCGGGGGAAGACCAAGCCGGAGCCGAGAUCCCAGUGGAGCCCUUGGGAAGCCGGGUCCCGGAGCUGGAGCAGCCCCAGGUCCCCGCGGAGGAAAGACGUCCUGAGAGUCCCGAGAGCAGCCCGAGUUUGGCUCCCGCAGUGAAGGAGGAGGCGGGCGCGGGCCAGGACCUGUCGGGCGGGAAGAAGCUGCCCUCGCCUGGACCCGCGCCCCUGCGGUUGCUGCCACCCAGCCCGGGCUACAGCGCCUUCCGCCGUAAGGAGUCGGCCAGCCCGCAGCCGCCGUCGCCGGGCCCAGCCGCGGCCGAGCAGCCCCGGGACGGCGAGACGCCGGGGGCCGAGGAGAUGCUCAGGGCCGCGCCCGGUGAGCCGGCUCGGGGCGCCUGGGCCCCUGUGGAACUGCAGGUGGACGUGCGCGUGAAGUCCGUGGGCGCGGCCGGCGGCAGCCGCGCGCCCUCGCCAGCGCCCUCCACGCGCUUCCUCACCGUCCCGGUGCCGGAAUCGCCGGCCUUCUCCCCCCACGCCUCCCCAGCGCACCCGCUCUUGCGGCGGACCCCGUCUCCGGGAGGCACCUGGGGCCGUGGCACGCCGCUGGCCGCAGCCCAGACGGAGCGCGGCCUCGACGCCGAGGGUUGGGCCGGUCCCGCCGAGGGGCGCGCGGAGUCCCCGGGCUCCCCCACGUGCCGCUGCCGCUGCAAGGAGAACGCCGUGCUCCACGCCGAGAUGGACGGCGACAAGAAGCUGUCCCGGGUCAUAAAGCUCAUAGGGCUGCCCAUGUACAUGAGGUCCCUGCGCUGGGCCCUGGCAGUCAUGGCCGUGCUCCUGGCGGUGUCUACGGUGGCCAUUGUGGCCCUGGCCUCGAAAGCAGGGGCCAGGUGCCAGCCAUGCCCCCAGGGCUGGAUGUGGUCCAUGGAGCACUGCUACUACCUCUCUGCCGAAGCUGAGGCCUGGGAGGCCAGCCAGGCUUUCUGCUCAGCCCACCAUGCUACCCUCCCCCUGCUGAGACACACCCAGGACUUCCUGAGCAGAUACCCAGUCACCAAGUACUCCUGGGUGGGGGCCCGACGAGGCCCCCAGGGCUGGCACUGGAUCGAUGGGACCCCUCUGCCACCCCAGCUACUCCCAGAGGAAGACCAGCAAGAGCCGGAUCUCGACUGCGGGGGCCUGGAGGGAGGCAAGUUCGUGGCUUCGGACUGUGCCUCCCCCAGACCCUGGGUCUGCGCCAAGGGGACCAAGUGACUUGGGUUCUGCCCGCCCUGAGCCUGCUGGGGGAGGCCAGGCUGAGAGCUGGGGCAGCCUUCCCCCAGACCCAGGCCUCCAGG